AUGGUGGAGGCUUUCUGUGCUACCUGGAAGCUCACUGACAGUCAAAAUUUUGAUGACUACAUGAAGGCUUUAGGUGUGGGCUUUGCCACUAGGCAGGUGGGAAAUGUGACUAAGCCAACAGUGAUCAUCAGUCAGGAAGGGGAGAAAGUGGUGGUCAAGACUCAAUGCACAUUCAAGAACACAGAGAUUAGUUUCCGCCUGGGAGAAGAAUUUGAUGAAACCAGCAUAGAUGACAGGAACUGUAAGUCAGUCAUUAGCCUGGAUGGAGACAAACUUAUUCAUGUACAGAAAUGGGAUGGCAAAGAAACAAAUUUGGUACGAGAAAUUAAGGAUGGCAAAAUGAUUGUGACUCUUACUUUUGAUGACGUUGUUGCCGUUCGCUGCUAUGAGAAGGCAUAG